AUGCCAGGUCGGCAGAACAAGCAGCAGAAAGAGACUGAAUUAAGUAUUGGUCGUGCCCGUGGGACUGGACGCGGACGUGGACGUGGGCAAACUGCGUCUCGUGGACGUGGUAAUGCCAUUCCAUCCACGACUACGCGUCCAUCCCAGACCACUGCCCCUUCUCCAGCCUCACCACGGGUCGUUCCAACUGGAGCUUCCUCUCGUGUCGAGUCACUUGCUGUACAAUUGGAAGAGAAAGUACGUGUAUCGGAUCCGCUGCAACCCGUCCAACCACUUGUUCAGACACAUUUUCCACCGCGUCCUGGAUUUGGACAAAUUGGUAAACCUGUGAAACUCUAUGUAAAUCAUUUUAAAGUAAAAUUUAAUUUGACAGGUGAUAUUUAUCACUAUGAUGUCAUGAUGGCCGAUGAUAAGAAAAGUUUUGGGAAUGAUGGUCCACCCAAGGCAUUGGCCCAUAAGAUUAUGAAAGCAUUGAUGCAAGAGCUGGAACGGCAAUAUCCAAGUAUUAAAACAGUCUCGGAUGGUCGCAAGAAUAUUUAUGCACCGAAAAAACUGCCUUUUGAGCUUCAAGAGUUUCCAGGGUUAGUAUUACCGGAUGAUGGGAAUCAAGCAAAAGUAUUCUCAGCAGUAGUGAAGGAAUCAAACCCAGUUGCCAUUCGUAUGCAGCAAUUGGAAGAGUUAUUUGCGGGACGUCUUAAUUAUACACCCUACGAUGCAUUACAGGCACUGGAUGUGGCACUACGUCACACGGCGUCGCAAAGAUUUACAGUAGUAGGCCGUAAUUUGUUUCAUCGAGAGGGAGCUACGUCACUUGGAGAAGGUGCAGAGCUUUGGUAUGGAUAUUUUCAAAGCUUAAGAGCUACACAGAAUCGACUGGUUGUGAAUUUGGAUUUGGCGGCAACAGCGUUUGUGGAAGAAAUGGCAGUGGUUGAUUUUUUAUGUACAACGUUGUCAAUGCGACAAAUGCCGACAACGCUGGCCAAGUAUCAGCACUCGGCAUUUAGUAAAGCUAUACGAGGUGUCAAAGUGAGUAUUACUCAUCGCCCAGGAGUGCGUCGCAGCUAUCGCGUGAAUGGUUUGUCGAAAGAGAGUGCAGAGAAAACGUUCUUUGAGAAUGAUAACGGUGAGAGAAUGUCGGUUGCGCAGUAUUUUCAGAAUACAUACAACAUUCGUCUUCGUUACCCAAAGUUACCGUGUCUGCAUGUUGGUGCACCCCAGAAGAAAAACUACUUGCCGAUGGAGGUAUGCCACAUUAUUGCCGGACAGAAGUGUCCCCGUAAGGUCACGGAUAAACAAGUGGCCAACAUGAUCAAGUUUACCUGCACGCCACCAGACAAGCGCAAACGCGCAAUUGAGCAAAAAUUCCGAGAGGCUGGAUUUAGCACGGACCCGACGCUCCAAGCAUUUGGACUGGACGUUGACCCGAGAAUGGUGGAGACGACCGGCCGCCAGCUGCCGCCCCCGACUAUCGAGUACAGUGGAGGUGCUCGCGAGAGUCCUCGUGAUGGAGCUUGGAACAUGCGUGGCAAGCGUUUUAACACGCCAGCGCAGUGCCCGUCAUGGGCCGUUAUCAGUAUGUGUGAUCCAAGGCGCUGCGGUCUCGGUGAUAUUCAAAAGUUUUUUAAAGCUGUAAUUACUCAAAUGGGGCAGUUGGGAAUGCGGUGCCCUCCGGCAUUGCCGCCGAUCCUGUUGAAGCAGGGCCGAGAGGAUUCAGUGCGUGGACUGUUUCAAGCCGCGGUCAAGGCUGCCAACCAAGCGUUUAAGACGCCUCCAAAAGUUGUGUGGAUGAUUAAUCCAGUUGCUGAUGCACAAGCAUACGGUGAGCUUAAAUUAAUGUCAGACACGGAAGCUGGAAUGGGAAUUGUAUCACAGUGCAUGUUGUCCAAGCAUAUUCAAAAGUGUAGCCCGCAAUACAUUGCGAAUAUCUUGAUGAAGGUAAAUACGAAGCUUGGUGGGAAGAACGGUGUCAUUAGUGGCCCAUUGCCCCGUGUGUCGACUUCACGCACGAUUAUCUUUGGAGCCGACGUCACUCACCCCAGCCCAAUGGACAAGACGCGUCCGUCUAUUGCCGCUGUUACGGCGUCGAUGGAUGCGAAUUUUAUCCGUCACGCAUCGGCAAUUCGCGCGCAAGGUCACCGGGUCGAACAGAUAAUGCAUCUAAAAAACAUGACCAUGGAGCUCAUGAAGCAGUUUUACCACCAAACACACAGCAAGCCUGAUCGCAUCGUGUUCUACCGUGACGGUGUGAGCGAAGGUCAGUUUCACAUGGUCCUGAACUAUGAGGUGACGGCUAUACGUGAGGCAUGCCAGGCUCUGGAGGUGGGCUACAUGCCGCCUAUCACGUUCGUUAUUGUUCAGAAGAGGCACAAUACGCGCUUAUUUCCUGACAGUGCGAAGGAUGCUGACCGAAGUGGCAACGUCAAGGCAGGCACUGUUGUGGAGCAGGGCAUCUGCCACCCCAUCGAAAAUGACUUUUAUUUGAUGAGCCAUGCUGGACUGCAAGGUACCAGUCGUCCGACGCACUACCAUGUGCUUCUGAAUGAGAUUGAGUUUACAGCCGAUGAGCUGCAAACGCUAACGUAUCGACUAUGUUAUACGUUCGCGCGCUGCACUCGUUCUGUGUCAAUGGUACCGUCAGCGUACUACUCGCACCUGGUAGCGUUUCGUGCUCGUUUCUUCUUGGUGGAUGGCAGCGAUACUGUUUCGACCGUUUCUGGCGUUAGUGACACCGCACCGGAAGCAGACACCCGCAUGUACGACGUGCAUCCAGCCAUGAAGGGCGAAAUGUAUUUUGUGUAA